AUGGCUAAGCGCUCGGAGUUGUUGCAAUCACACCCCCCACUUCAGCCGCACGAGCAAGCCAUGGAGCAGGCAGCAUGCAUCUUUGCGCAGCUCUUCUGCAUCACACCCUCCGCCCUCGAUCCAGCCACGUGCGUCUUCAGAGACACAUACAGCAUCGAGAUUGCGGGCAUCCCAACAGCAGCACUAAUACGGGAGCCAAGUCCGCCCUUGCUCUCGUACGUGCUGGAGGGAUUCCUAUGCGUGGGGAGCGCCGUCAGACAGAGUAGUGAGGAUUCACGCACGCUAUUGCGGAUGUAUAGUACCAUGCUGAAGACCUUGUUGCGGGAGACGGUCGAGCAUAAACGAAGGGUUUUGCUUAUUGGGGGUGGAGUUUGA